GCACACUCAGCCGUUGUCCGCAGCUCGGGGAGCGCCAUGGCGGCAGUGCGCAGCUUGCGGGUCUCGGUGAAAUCGGACAGCGGCUCGGAGCGCUCGGACUCGGACUCCGAGUCGGACCGAGACGCCCGCGAUGCCGAGCCGAUGGAGGUGGAGGAGGGCGAGCUGGAGGCGGAGGACGUGUCCGUGAACCGCUCCCUGAAGGAGCUGCUGCCGGACACAAGCCGGCGCUACGAGAACAAGGCUGGGGCCUUCAUCACCGGGAUCGACGUCAACUCCAAGGAGGCCAUUGAGCGGAAGGAGAAGCGUGCGCAGCGUUUCCAUUUCCAUGGCGAGCAGAGCGUCACUCAGAGGAACGUGUUUCUGGACAAAGACGCUAUGAAGAAAGCCAUCCCCAAGCUGCGGUUGGAGGCGAUUCACGUGAGUGGCGUGGACGACAUGAGCACUCAGGACGUCUUCGGAUAUUUCAAAGAGUAUCCCCCGGCACACAUCGAGUGGAUCGACGACACUUCCUGUAACGUGGUGUGGCUGGAUGACGACACGUCCAUUCGGGCGCUCAUCAACUCCAGCCGGAUGCCCGACCCGGAGGCGGUCGCCACAGAGACGGAAAGGAGCAACCAACCGAGCAAAGCGGGUCGUCAGGGUCAAGGAUCAGACGACGAAGAGGAGGAGGGCGAGGUGGAUGAGGACGAGGCCAAAAAGAGCGGCGGGGAGGUCGAGGGGAAGGACAUCGAGGGCGAGGCGGACAAGACGAAGGCGGAGGGCGCUCAGGUGGACGACCUGUCGAGAGCAGAGAGGGAGUCGCUGCUGAGGAACGAGCUGCGUCCGGCCAUCAGGCCCUUUAAAGGAAACAAGCUUCUGCUGCGCUUCGCUACACAAGAUGACAAGAAGGAGCUGGGCGCAGCUCGUCGCAGCCGAUACUACAUGAAGUAUGGAAACCCCAACUACGGAGGCAUGAAGGGGAUCCUCAGCAACUCCUGGAAGAGGCGGUAUCACACCCGCCGGAUCCAGCGAGACGUCCUCAAAAGCAAGAAGCCCCUGAUUGGAGACAGCAUGGGACACACUCCGCCGUACACACACCGACACUCUGCUGACCUGGUCAACCUGCCCGAGGAGCCCAUCAAGGAGGAGGAAGAGGAGGAGGACGAAGACGCCAGUGGCGACGAGGACAUGGACUCCGAUGACCGGGUCGUGGAGUACAAGGACAGGGGCGAGCGGGGCGGCGGCUCGCGCUCCAUGGGGGCGGGGCUUCGCAGUCACGCGGACCGCUCGCCGUCGCCGUGGUCCGAGUCGGAUGAGAUGGACUACGACCUGGAGCUGAAGAUGAUCUCCACGCCGUCUCCCAAGAAGAGCAAGAAGAUGACCAUGUACGCCGACGAGCUGGACACGCACCUGAACACCAUCCGGAACAGGAUCGGAGUGUCGGGGUCUCAGAGUCGCACCAAACCGUCUUCGCCCACCAAGGUGACGGACGUGAGGCAGCUGCUGGAGGAGAAGAGGCAGGGUGUGUCGUCUCAACACAGACAGCCUCCCCCGGUGGCCAGUGGUGGUAAGACAGACAUCCGGCAGAGGCUCGGGAAGAGGCGUUACUCUCCGGACAGACGGCGGUCCCCCUCCCCCGUGUCCCCGAGGAGCACGCCUCCAUCCAGAGAGCCAAUCAGAGAUGUGCACCGCAGACUGGGCGUGGCCAGUCAGGACAGCAGAGGGCCCUCAUCCAAAGACAGAAAGACAGGCGGGCUGUGGAGCCGUCUCGGCUCUGGGGGCGACGACGGCGAUGUCGGCGCCGGGCGUCACAACCACAGAUCGAGCGGCCACUCGGCGGGGCUCUUCUCCUCUUCCUCCUCAUCCUCGUCCUCCGCUGUGCCGUCGGGGAGAAAUGACAGCAGCAGCAGCAGGAGGAGACGAGAAGACGGGCCGGACGCCAAGGAGCAGGAGGCGGAGGAGGUGGAGGAGGAGGACGACUCCACGCUCCAGAGGAUGUGGGGUGCCAUGAUCAAACAGAAACAGGAGCGCAUGUCCCACAAGAUGAAGAAGAGCCGGCUGGACAACCUGCCGUCGCUGCAGAUCGAGAUCAGCCGCGACAGCAGCGACGAGUCGGACGCCUGAGAGGGAGGACGCUCCUGCCAGCCUCGGACUGGGCCGACGCAGCGCUCGGAACAGACUGUGGGCCUCUCAGACCCCGCAGAGUCAUGGGUGAAGGGGCCCCGGGGCCUCUGAGCUGACUGUUACAUGGCCGUUUGGGACCUUUAUUUUCAGGCUCCGUUGACUUGCAGACCUUGGUAAAGACGUCCCGGUGUUCAGCUGUUCAUUCCACUGUUUUUUCCCGGUCUGGUAUCGAUAGUCGGGGCCACAUAGACUACUUUUUGUGCCCGGGGCCUCGUCCUCUCCGGAUCCAUCCCGGCCGCGCUCAGCGGAACCGUUCACCCCGUCACAUCCAGCUGCCGUCGUGUUCAUCCACAUUCCCGUGUCUGUCGUCAGAGCUUUGUGUGCUCUCCCUCAAACUGCUCGCAGUCCACGACGGUGGCGCUCAUACACGCCGUAUGGUCGUCCAGCGUCAGCUGACUGUUUGGGUGUCAGAAAAAAAAAACACUCACAAAAAAUGACCUCAAAGGACAAACGCACACAAAAAAAAACCCAGCCCCAAAGAAAAAAAAAUAUCAAGAGGCACAGAAAUCAACUUCAGAGACACAUGAAAUGACCUUAGAGAGGAGGGCAAUGCCAGAUGUUGUGGGUUCAGUGUCUCUCUUCAGUCAGUUUUUUGUCAACAAUUGUGUACUUUCAACUGUUUGUGGUGUGUGGUGAACAGAGGGAGCGUCUGGGACUUUCUUUGGUGAAACGUCACCGAAUCAUGAGGACAGACGAGAUGGAAAUGGAGGCUGUUUUUUUUUUUUUUUAAUCGUGUUAUUGUGCAUCAGUCUGUUUGGACAUGAACUGUUUCUGGUUCCAUGAUUUCUUUCUGUCUUCUGUGUUUUGUAAACAAACUCUUGGGGUCCACAGCAACUGUUGUCCCAGCACCAGAGUACACGUGGAGAAUAAAACGAUCAAUCAUG